AGAUGUUGGACGGGAGCGAUGAAAAGAUGGCGGCGGCCGUGGUACAAAUGUCAUGUUUGUACCGGGGGAUGUUAGCGGUGAGAGCCACCGGGAUCAGGCCGCUGAUCCCCGGGCUGGUCCCGGCGCAGUUCCGAGCCUUCUCAGUGCGGAAGGAACCGGAGCUGGAGGAGAACCCGUACUACAGCAAGUACCAGGACAAGAUCCAGAAGCUGCGCAGCACCAAGCCACAGGAGUACAAAACCCGGGUGGAGAAACGGCAUGAGGCCAAGAAGGAAGUGCUCGGACACUCAAAGCAGGCAGAGUUCGUCCAGCUCAUGGAGCAGGAGUUGGAGAAAAGGGACAAGAUGGCUGCCGGCAGUGGAGCAUCUGGAGGUUUCACAAAGAACAAGACGCUGGACUCCAUCCUCAACCUGAACUUGAUCAAGGACAAGACAGGUGAAGAGAUUGCAGAGCUUUGGAUGAAAUAUUAUUCCACCAAGGACACAAUCAGCGCCGUCAUCCCGGCACAGAUUUAUGAAGUGAUUUUGACAAGAUCAAAGUCGAACCCAAUGUUCCUGUACGCUUUGCCUCAGAAAGAGGGUUACGAGUUUUUCGUGGGUCAGUGGUCCGGACACGAGCUCCACUUCACCUCCCUCAUUAACGUCCAGACGCUGGGUGAGAACGCUCCCAGUCAGCUGAUCCUCUACCACUACCCAGACCUUAAGGAGGAGAAGGGCGUGGUCCUCAUGACAGCCGAGCUGGACCCCAAGUUCAUAACCGUCCACCAGGCUCAGUGUUUGGCCAAUCAGGUGCAGCUGUUCUACGGCACACAGAGGCAGGAGACAUAUCGAUUGGUCGAAACAUUUAACCACCACCCUGCGGACUUCAAACACAUGUCAGUGAUAGCGGAGCUGGAACAGAGCGGCCUGGGGUCGGCGGUCACCCCCAGGGGAUCGUAGGGAGACCAUUAAUGGACUUAAGUCAAGCUCACCUGCAGCUGGAGUCCCAGGAACUGUUGGUGUUUAUUUAAAGUGACAGAGAGAUGCGUGCUUCUUUGCUCAGCACUGACUAUGCACAUACACCUGUUCUUCAUACUGUGUAUAAAGUUAGCAGCAACAGCAGCUGUGAGUUUGGUAAAAGAUUUCAAAGGAGCAUCAGUAGCAUCUCAUGAACUGUCGGAGACUGGAUCAUCGGACAUCUGCCACACAUCUUUUCAAUGUGCAUACAUGUAACCACAGGAGGACAAUGUGCUGUUGAUCACUUCCAUGAUGAACAGAUCACUGUAUCCCACCCUCUAUAUUAGACUGGACCAGAAAGAGCCCAGUAUCUAUCCCUGAAAGCCAGUAUGACAUUUAAUAAAUCACCUUCAAAACCCUAA